CCCCAGCUCCGCUCGCAGUGCUGGGCGGGGAGGAGUCCUGGGCGGAGCAGGAGAGGCCGGGGCUGCCAGCGCCGCCGCCUCUGCACCGGGGACCCAGGAGCCGAGCCCGGGACUGGGGGUCCCUCGUGCCCGCAGCAUCCAUCGGCAGCGCGGAGCCGAGGUGGAGCUGGAGCCUUGUCCGCGGGGCUGGCCCCUCCCUGCCCGGUGCGGGGGGUAGCGCCGGGAUGAAGAGACGCACCGCCACCUGCUGGACGCUCCUCUUGCUGGCCGCCUUCUUCUGCGACAGCGUCACCUGCAAGGGUGGCCGGGGAGGGGCGAGGGGGGCGGCCCGUGGCCGGGGCAUGGCCCGCAGCCGGGCCAAGUCUGCCCCUCGCUACGGCUCCUCGGGAGCGGGGCUGCGGGUGGCGGCAGCGGCGGCGGCGGGUGCGGCGGCAGGCGUGGCAGCGGGAGCAGCCCACAGGAGGAUGAGGAUCUCUGGGGAGCUUGGUCCAGACGACAGCUCUGAGUUCCAGGAAGGCAACAGGACGGGCAGCAGCGCGUACAGCUACCGCUCGUGGACCUCGGCUGCCCAGGCCCAGGACACGGCGCACCUUGCUAUCUCCUUCUGCCUGGUGACUGGCUUCUUCCAGCUCCUUCCCCUGUAGGGGCCGGCGGCGCCUGGCCCACCGUCCCUGCGUCGGAGCCUGCAGAGCGGCACCUGCUAGGCCUGGGCAGCACCAGCCCUAUCCAGCUGUGUCUGCACCAGCCCCCUGCAGGCCGAGCGGCUCUCCUGCACUGCCCAGCGGACUGGAGCCGGAGCAGCUGCCAGCGAGGC